CCAAAGUUGUUUGGUUAUUGCUGAUUAAAUUGAUUGAACAUGUCGGAAAAAUUGGAUGCAAUUAUUUUUGGUGCAACCGGUUUUACUGGAGAAUUAGUUGUUGAGUAUGCAGUAGAUUUAUUAAAAGACCUUCAAUGGGGUGUGGCGGGAAGAAAUGAGUCAAAAAUAAAAAAAGUACUCUCAGAUAUUGGUAGUAAACUUAAACAGGAUUUAAAUGAUAUACCAGUGGUUAUAGCUGAUAUUAGUGAUCAAAAAUCUUUAGACUUAAUGGCAAAAAAGUGCAAAUUAAUAAUUAAUUGUUGUGGCCCCUAUCGUUUCUAUGGUGAAGUUGUCGUAAAAGCAUGUAUCGAGAAUGGUACCCACCAUAUUGAUCUUAGUGGUGAACAACUAUUUAUUGAUAAAAUGUUUGAAGUUUACCAUGACCUUGCACAAGAAAAAGGUACUUAUGUAGUGUCGGCAUGUGGAUUUGAUACGAUACCGGCAGAAAUGGGAGUUGUUUACGUUGAACAAAAUUUUGGAGGUGAUAUUAAUUCCAUUGAAAUGUAUUGGGAGAACACAUUUGAUAAUGGUUCGAAACCAUUACUGCAUUAUGGUACUUGGGAAAGCGCUGUUUAU